AUGAUAUACAGUAGUGGUGGCUAUAGCAAGACAAUUGCCACGUUACGCCGCUCUCGACGUCGCCAGCAAUGGCUCAACUCUGAUGGUAACCCUUUCCGGCCAAACGAUAUUUCGCGACCCCAGGUUAUAAUGAGUUCAACAGACCUCUUCGACCCAAACAAAUAUCUGGAUUCUCGUGGUAUGUUUACCACUGCUAACCCGGCAUACGACUGUUCAACUGAGCAUAUCAUACCCAAGCUUCUGUGUUCACCUACAUCGGUAUUGCCGACUCCGCCAUCGCCAUGCGCUUCAACUGAUUCUCCUCCAGAUUUAGAAGUUGACGCUGUGCUGAAAUUUCUUACUACUGAUUUGGUGGAACGCUCGGCACCAGCUCAGCCCGACGAGAAAGAACCUGCUACAACGGGCAAUCCUGGUGGUCAGAAAAAAGAUGAACAGGAAAAUGCCGAGAGUUGUGAUUCACCUUCCCCAAUGAAUGUGAAAAAGAGAUCACGAUUCAGCUUUCAAAGUUUGGUUUCAAAGAGAAAUAUCAACGGGUCUAAAGAGGCGCUUGUUACGUGUAUUGAAGAGCCAAGCGAAGUAUCCGAUCCUGGGGCAAAGACAUCGAGCGAUACUCUAGAUUCUUAUAACACGUCUCCAAAUGGGUCUGGAUCUUUCUCCACGAGCAAUAGUCUCGCCGAUUCUGCGACAUCUCAAGAACUUGAUGCUCCCCCUGUCCCGACAAUGCCCUCAAAGAAUGUCCAGGACCGAGCUCAGGAUCUUCGAAAGCAACUGCAGGCACCCACUACAAUAGCGGAAAAAGCCCAAGGGCGCCCAGUCCCCAGUCCUACCAAAUCAGCACCUCAGGCUGAACCUAAAAGUUCCCCGAGUCUGAAACGUAGAAACAAACGACAAAGCUACAACGACCACCGACUGAGUAUUUUCAGCGUAGCAUCAUCCAUGGCAGCAUUAGCUCCAUUUAUUGGCAUCAGAGGGAGUGAAGAUACUAAGCCUAUUGUUGAGACUUCACCCGACAGUGUAGAUGCCGAAGUCGAAAGUUUCUACAAACGUUUCAAUGACAUCGAGGAACCUCAGGUCAAACAGAAAAAAACUAAUAAACAACAGCGGCGUAAGUCGUCCGUACUAAUGGAAACCGUUCCUGAAUACGUUUCUCGUCCCUUGGUAAGACCACCGGAUACCUCCGCUGUCUUUGUUAGCAAUCUGGUGGAGAAUCUAAGCCAGGAAUUGGAUCAACGAUUCAAAUGUGUAGAUUCUGACCUUAGGGAGUCUCCAGAAUUCAACUGGAGGCCGCAAACACCGGAAAAAGUUGAGCACCGUAGCCACUUUCGGCGAAUCCUAGGUUGGUGCAAGAAUCAGCGAUUACACUUUUCUAAAACCUCUCGGGAGCAUCGUCCUGGUCAUUUCUGGAGCUACUCACUAAAGCGGAGCCAAACGGUUCCUCAUUCCCGAACAGUUCCUUUUGAUAUACACUUGCAGACCCCGCCAGCCUUGGACUCCCCCGCACUUGGAGAUAUGGGAUCACCACCGCUGAGUCUACGCGUUCAAACUGAGCCCGCAAAGAUUGCGCAGGGCACUCUUUAG